AUGAAGCUGAACGUCCGCUUGGGUCAUAGCAAUCACCUUGUCAAAGGCUUGACCGGCCAGCUACCGAACGGACAAAGCGAGAGUGUCAUGACUCUCGGCGCCGACGUUGUUCAUCCAGGUGGCAGAAGUCAUACAGGCACACCAUCAAUCGCCGCCGUGGUGGCGAGUUUCGACAGUGAUAUGAUCACUUACAGAGGCUCUGCACGAUACCAACCAGGUCGCGAGGAAAUCAUCCUUGGCAUGAAAGACAUGGCAUUGGAGCAUAUCGAAGCUUACAAGGGCAAAAAUUCUGGCAAGCUCCCAACAAACAUUCUCUACUACCGCGACGGUGUAGACGAGGGGAAAUUCCGUCGCUUGAUCGAUGAAGAGAUGGAGGAUAUUCGUCGAGCUUGGAACGAUGCGUCGAAGAACACUGACCAAGCCAACAGCGAGGUGAAGAUUACCAUGGUUGUUGUCACCAAGCGGCACAACACUCGCAUCUAUCCAAUGGAGAAAACACCGAAGAUUCAUAACGGCAACUGCAUGCCAGGCACGAUUGUCGACAGUGGCAUCACAAUGCCAUAUCACUUCGACUUCUACCUUCUUUCACAGAACUCCAUCCAAGGUACCGGUCGUCCGGCUCACUACAUUGUUCUUCGCAACGAGAUGGGGUUUUCGGCUGAGCAGAUCCACAACUUUACGAACAUGUUGUGUUAUACCUAUGCCCGAUCAACGACUGCUGUCUCAUAUGCACCGCCAGCGUACUAUGCCGAUCAUCUAUGCGAGCGGGUCAAACAGUAUUUGCGCCAUCUGUAUGAUGGAGAGG